GGAAGUACUCGAGGGUGAUGUCUCUUGACCUGCGGCGCGCAGGUGGGAGGAGCUUCCGGUGAGAGGCGUUAAUUGCCGUUGAUCCCAGUUUUGACGCUGUACUGAGAUGUGAGGGAGCGUGUUCGCACUGCAGCGGUCACGAUUAUGUCUGACAGGGUUGGCAUGCAAAAGUGAGACAUGGCUGAAAUCAUCGAAGUCAACGCCGGGCUGCUGCCCCCUAUGAACGUCACCUUCCCGGUCCAGGAGGACCCCAGCGCCGCCGCCUCCGCCACCUCCGCCGCCGCCGCUCCUGCAGCCCCACUGAGCAGCGAGGACUACCUGUUCGUGGAGUCCAGGCACCCCAACACUGUCCUGCAGGGCCUGAACAGCCUGCGGCUCAACAACGCCUUCUGUGAUGUGACCCUGUGCUGUGGGGGGCAGGAGUUCCCCUGCCAUCGCAUUGUGCUCGCCUCCUUCAGCUCCUACUUCCAGGCAAUGUUCUCCACUGACCUGAUCGAGUCCAAGCAGGAGCGGGUUGCCAUCAAUGGAGUGGAGCCUCAGAUGAUUGGCAUGCUGGUGAGCUAUGCCUACACAUCCGAGGUCUACAUUUCCAAAGCAAACGUGCAGGCUCUGCUGGCAGCAGCCAAUCUGCUGGAUGUGAUGGCUGUGAGGGAGGCCUGUUGUCGAUUCAUGGAGCGUCAGAUGGACGAGAUGAACUGUGUGGGGAUUCACUGUUUCGCUGAGGCCCAUUCUUGUAAGGUGCUGGAGAAACGCAGCAUGGACUACAUCCUCGAGCACUUCAACAGUGUUCAUCAGCAGGAGGAGUUCCUGUCUCUGUGUGUGGACAAACUGACAGAAAUCCUCGCCAGCGACUUUCUCAACGUGCCUAAUGAGGAGAUGGUGUUUGAGGCAGCCAUGUUGUGGUCAAAUAAAUGUGUCUCUCGCAAACAGAGCUUUGAAAAGGUUCUUGAGCACAUCCGGCUGCCUCUCAUCAGCCCCUACUACCUCCAUGAUGUGAUCGAGUCUCAAGAUGUGGUGAAGGAGAACCAGAGCUGCCAGAAGUUCAUCUCAGAGGCCAAGGACUACCUGCUGCUGAAGGACCGCCGUGGAGAACUCUACUGCCCCAGAGCGAGGCCACGCAGGUCCACAGGGACAGCAGAAGUGAUAGUGACAGUUGGCGGCGAGGAUGACAAGGUGGUGCUGCGCAGCGUUGAGAGCUUCGAUCCCGUGACCAGUCAGUGGAAGAAUCUGGCCUGCCUGCCCUUCGCUGUGAGCAAACACGGGCUGGUCGUGUCGGCAGACUCCACUCUGUAUUUGGCAGGGGGAGAGUUUCCUGAUGGCUCGGCCAGCAGGGAGAUGUGGCGCUAUGACCCCUGCUUCGACUCCUGGAUUGAGAUGGCGCCCAUGAAUGUGGCUCGCUCUGAGUUAGGCCUGGUGAUGCUAGAUGGCUUUGUGUAUGCGGUGGGAGGUUGGGAGGGACGCUCUCGUCUGGACUCAGUGGAGUGUUACAACCCUCACACCAACUCCUGGCAGUUUACUGAAUCUGUCAAGAUGGCCGUCACAAGUCCUGCUGUGGUGGCCCUGGACGGAUUGCUCUAUGUUACUGGUGGUGCAGUUCUAGAAGACGGCGACGGCACAGACCUCGCUCAGGUCUACAACCCUAAAACCUCUGUAUGGACAGAGGUUGCACCCAUGCAGAUUGCUCGCUCUGGUUCAGCUGCAUGUACACUCAAAGGAAAGCUCUAUGUCAUAGGUGGAUGGCAUGCCUCGACGGAGAACACAGAUAAGGUGGAGUGUUACAAUCCUAAAACCAACCAGUGGACCAUGUGCGCCCCGAUGAAAGAGCGGCGCUACCGGCCCGGUGCUGCUGUGGUGGAUGGAAAGAUCUAUGUCCUCGGAGGAGAAGAAGGCUGGGACAGGUAUCAUGACACUAUCGAGAGGUACUGUGACGAGACGGACAUGUGGGAGAUUGUCGGGGAGAUGCCCACGAGUCGCAGCUGGCUCAGCUGCGUGUCUCUCCAGCUGAGGAAGGAUAUUCACAUGACCAGCUGUCAUGGGACGCCGAAUGACAAUUGAGCGAGGGCGUCUGGCAGAAGGAAUCUGUCCUGGUUUUUAUUCACACCCUCACUGGGAGAUGGUGAACCACACAGCUCAGAGCUGUGGAGAACAGCAGACUGAGAAGUGAUGCCUGGAAUCGGCACGACACUGUUUGAGCUGUCGGCAAUCGGCUGAUCAUAAUCGGUGACUGCUUGAAAACUGGGUUUCACUCAUCGUUGUUGCAAAGGAAGCGUUGUACACGAGUCUCAAGUGGUUGACUGACUGACUGACAACUCAGUGAGCAAUCUAAACACUGUAUCAUGUGAACGUGUUUGGGGUACUGUUUUAAUGUCAGAGCACCUCAAAUCUGUGAAGAUUUUCCCUGCCAACAUAGUGUAUUUUUGUAUCAUUAUUUGGUGUAUUUAUUGGGGUUUGAUUAGCUGUGAGAAAGAUCUUUAAAAAAUGGAUAUAUAUAGUAAACAUUUUGCUCUGUGGGAAGAUGCUCUACGGGCCAAAGACUUGCAUUGUGAAUAUUUUCGAAGGUUACCUGUGAAAAAAGUGUCUAUACGUGAGCAGUGUUUUUUGUAUUUAAACUUUGUAAGUUCUGAAUGAUUGUCUUUACUUCCUGUAAUAUGUCGAGUAUAUUUUUGUAAUGUAGUGUACACCAUGCAUUUUAGUGACCUUUUAAAUGGAGUUGGGUUCUAAUAAAGAUGUUUAAUUCUUUAAUGUAAA